GGGGGGGAGGGGCCUGUCAAUUGGAGUCCGACUUCCGGGAUGACAAGAGGGGGAUAGACGCAGGCAGACGGGUAAAGUAGAGAGGAGAGAAACAACCCCCUUUGAUAACGUUCCCAAGCUCCACUAGGCGGAGACACUUGGGCUGAGAGUGAGCGAGAGAGAAAGAGAGAGAGAGGGGGGAGUUGCGUUGGGCACAGACAGCUAUCUGUUUCGGGAGCAAGAGGGUGUGCACGAAGGAGAAGACGAGGACACGGUGUAGGCUCGUGUGCUACAUGCCGUUAUUGUUGAACAAAAUAUCACAGCGCGACUGCUGCACGGAGAAAUAACGGGAAGAUUGAUCCUGCGCGCUCCCAGGGGCGGAUUUGUACCACAAUGGAGCUUAACAGGGGCGCGAUGCUGACGCUCCUUGCAGUUCUGCAGGUGGUUGUCCAGGGUCAGACGACACUACCAUGUCAGAGUGGCUUCAGUGAGAGUGUGUACACCAGUGUUGUCACGGAAACGCUGAUGGAAGGACAGCCUCUACUGAAAGUGAGGUUUGUAGACUGUAAUAGAGGUUCAGUGAAGUUGGGCGUUGAUGAAUCAGACUUCAGGAUAGACGGAAACGGAACUCUCUACGCCACAAGGACCUUCCGCGUGGACAGCAAAAAGGGCCAGAGUUUUGCGCUGUGGGCACGGGACUCGGAGAGAAAGCAGGAGUGGCACACACAUGUCAACCUCACAUCUCAGAUGCGGGAGAUUCUGUUUCCAUGGAAAAGCGUGGUUGUUGCGGGAGAUGGGUCGUUGACACGAGUGAAGAGAGACUGGGUCAUCCCCCCCAUCAACGUCCCGGAAAACUCUCGAGGACAGUUCCCAGAAGACCUUGUCACAAUCCGCUCAGACAGGGAUCGUAGUGGACGUAUGCGCUACAGCGUGACAGGACCGGGUGCAGAUCAUCCCCCCACUGGGAUCUUCAUCAUCAACCCCAUCAAUGGACAGCUGUCUGUCACCAAACCACUGGACCGAGAGGACAUCUCCAACUUCCAUUUACGAGCACAUGCAGUGGACAUUAACGGUAACCAGAUUGAGAACCCCAUUGACAUUGUCAUCAACGUGAUCGACCAGAAUGACAACCGGCCGGAGUUUGCUCAUCAGAUCUGGAAUGGGACAGUACCGGAGGGGACCAGGCCAGGUACCACUGUGAUGACUGUAACGUCCCAGGAUAAGGACGACCCGAACAUGCCCAAUGGGAUGCUACGCUACAAGAUCCUGUCCCAGCAGCCCCACAGCCCCAACCCCAGCAUGUUCACCAUCAACAACAAGACUGGAGCCAUUAUCACUGUAGCAGCUGGCCUGGAUAGAGAGAAAGUGUCCCAGUACACCCUAAUAAUCCAGGCCACGGACAUGGAGGGGAACCCAACCUACGGCCUGUCUAACACUGCCACCGCCGUCAUCAGAAUCACAGACAUCAACGACAAUGCACCAGAGUUUACCACAGACACGUUCUAUGGUGAGGUUCAGGAGAACAAAGAGAAGGUGAUCGUGGCCAACCUGACCGUGAGCGAUAAGGACCAGCCCAACACCCCCGCCUGGAAUGCCGUGUAUCGUAUCACUGGGGGAGACACCUCCGGACGAUUCGCCAUCAUCACCGACCCCAUCACCAACGAGGGCCGGGUCACGGUGGUUAAGCCCAUCGAUUAUGAGACCACGCGCACCUUCACCCUGUCCGUUGUGGCAGAGAACGAGUCCCCGUUGCCAAGGAGCGUCUAUCCUCCCCGAGCCUCCACGGCAACCGUGAGCAUCCGUGUGUUGGACGUGAACGAAGGGCCACAGUUCGAUCCCAACCCCAAGACCAUCCGCCUGGAAGAGGGCAUCCAAGCCGGCACCACCAUCCAGCCCUAUUUAGCCCAUGACCCCGACAGAUACAUGAGGCAGAGCAUCAGGUACUCAAAGAUCUUUGACCCUGCCAACUGGGUGAAGAUAGACCCUAUGAGUGGCCACAUCUCUACCAUCGCUAUACUGGACAGGGAGUCGCCCUAUGUCAACAACAACUACUACAAUGUCACUUUCCUGGCAACAGACAAUGGCAAUCCCCCGGCGAGUGGCUCUGGCACGCUGCAGAUCCUGCUGCUGGACAUCAAUGACAACGCGCCGCGCGUCUUCCCCUCAGAGGUGGAGAUGUGCGAGAAGGCCAACCCGGCGGGCCUGAACAUCACCGCCGAGGACGGGGACAUGCACACCAACGCCGGGCCCUUUCGCUUCGAGCUGGCCAACAGGCCCGCCGACGUGCGCCGCAACUGGUCACUCGCACAGAUCAGUGGUGAUCACGCUCAGCUGAAUAUGAAGUUAGGCUUCAUGGAGAGGGGCGUGUAUGAGGUGCCAAUCAUCAUCACAGACUCAGGACAUCUGCCCAUGUCCAACACCUCCUACCUGCGUGUCAAGGUGUGUGUGUGUGAUCACCAUAGCAACUGUGUGGACAUGGAGCGUAUCAUGGCGGCAGGGAUUGGAACUGGAGCCAUCAUAGCCAUUCUCAUCUGUAUCAUCAUACUACUAGUGCUGGUGCUGGUGUUUGUGAUGUGGCUGAAGAGACGGGAUAAGGAGCGUCAGGCCAAGCAGCUGCUCAUCGACCCUGAGGACGAUGUGCGAGACAACAUCCUCAAGUACGAUGAGGAGGGAGGCGGAGAGGAGGACCAGGACUAUGACCUGAGCCAGCUGCAGCAGCCUGAGAUGGACCACGAGACCAUAAAGCCCAUGGGGGUGAGGAGGCUGGAUGAGAGGCCCCUGCACUCAGAGACCCAGUACCCCAUCCGCUCCGCCGCCCCACACCCCGGAGACAUCGGAGACUUCAUCAGCGAGGGCUUGCGAGCGGCGGACGGCGACCCCACGGCACCUCCCUAUGACUCCCUGCUGGUGUUCGACUACGAGGGCAGUGGCUCGACGGCCGGCUCCCUCUCCUCGCUGCAUUCGUCCAUCAGCGGCAGCGACCAAGACUACGACUACCUCAGCGACUGGGGCCCCCGCUUCCGCAAGCUGGCCGACAUGUACGGGGGCUACGACGACUAGUGCUCUCAAGCACACGCGCGGCACACAAACACUCAUAUGCACACACACCCACACGCUCACAUACGUAUACAUGCCCACAAAACAUGCGUACAAGAAUGGGAGGAUGAAGAGGAGAGCGGAUAUGAAGUAAAAAAAAAAAAAAAAUGACUGGCACUUUGAAAGAUUGGACAUGGAUGUGGACAUGGACAUGCUUGUAGAACCUCAAAAAUGUUUUGGUUUUUUUUCCUCCCAUGAGAGUGUGAGAGAGCAAGAGAAGGGCAAGGAAAUGUGGUCACCGUGGUAACAGAGACCAGUUCUCUGGAGGCACCCUUGUUUUGUGAAUACCUCAGAGCAAAAGAGGGAACCUACAGAACCUCUGAGCGAGAGGAACGGCAGGAGAACAUUGCGAGAACAUUGCGAUUACACUUGAAUCUCACAGUCCAGAAGCACUGGGAUAUAUAUUGUGCCUUUUUGUACAUUUAUGUUCGGUUUCGCUGUCUGCUUUUUUUUGUUUGUUUGUUCAGUUUUCUUCUUCCUGUUAUUUGGGCAAUGGCGAGGAUGCAAGUUGGGUUCGUCCACUCUGGUCCGUCCUCGGCUCCUACCCCUGGGGCAGAACACGUCGCCUACGCGUUCCAAAAUAACGAUCCGAAAACAAACCUGCUCUGGGCAGGGCCCUGGCCACAUAACAUCUACGUGCGUCUCGUCCAUUUUGGAAGGUGUUUCUAGUAACCUGUUCUGCUCAACCGUGUGCAACGCUUUAUUCUACCGGUGACUCUGAUGGACACAAUUCUGUCUUCAGGCCCAGUUCACAGGCAUGUACAGAACCAACGCUAGACUUUUUUAAAACAAUGUCUGUAUGAACUGUCUGUUUGGCUUCGUGGUUUUCAGUUGGCUGUUGGAAUUGCACACCAGGACACUGUUAAGGUGUUUUCUCUUCUUACUUUUAUGGAAUGGUGGUGUCAUUUAUUUAUUUCAAAUUCAUGCAUUACUUAAUUUGCCUUAGUCACUCUAUUUCAUACUAUUUUCUGCAUUUUUAUGCCACUGGAUAAAUAUGUCUGUAAAUAAGGAUUUUUUUGUUUUGCUUUUCGUUCUUUUUAUUGACGUAGUCUAUGAGGAAUUGCAUUAAGUGCAGACUUGUACAUGUGUCAUUUGGACUACCGAAGGAAGUUUUUUUGCAUGUUUUUAUCUUUUCAGUAUAAAAAAGGUAUUUCCAAAAUUUAUUUGCAAAACAGAGCGCCCCCCUCCCCCCAAAUCCCCUUCCCCCAGUGGUCCUCAGCUGCACCUCCAAGUGAGAGGAGGAUCACACACAUGGGACCAGCAUGACCACUGAACACCCAGGACUAGCGAGGACACUAACAUUGUGACCCAGCGAUCGUCUGGGAAUCCGUGUGAACUUAACUGGGAUCAGAUCAGAUGCUGCGGUGUCAGAUCGUCUGUGAAUCUCUGUACUUGGACCAGUUUUGAAUGUUUGGAAUGGGGACCAGUUUUAAAUGCUGAACUGGUUGUCUUCGUUGUUGUACCGAGCCCUAAACCACAGUGGCAGGGGGGGAGACAGCUAAAAUGGUGUGUGUGACAAACCAACUGCCCCAAUAAAAAUCUAAUUUUGGAACA